AUGACAAGGCUACGAAGACGGUCCUUUACCAAGGCAAGAGUAGCAAUGGUCUCUAUCCAAAUCAUUUCAACCCUGUUUCACCUUCUUCUCCAACUCAAAUUAUCAAACAUCCUUCUCCUAUGGCCUAUCUUGGAACCAGAGUUUAUGAUCAACUCUGGCAUGACAGACUUUGUGAUCCAUCUCAUUCAAUUUUAAAUAAAAUGCUCUCAUUUUCUAAGCAUGCUAGGCAGUUGCAAUCACACAAGGAUUGUAUUUGUCAACAUUGUUUGUAUGGUAAAAUUACAAAACUACCCGUUUUCUCCUUCUAGGUAUGUUUCUUUGUUUCCCUUAUAAACUGUGCAUAGUGAUGUAUGGGGCCCAACUCCUCACUGGUUUCAGGAAUUAUGUUUCUUUCAUUGAUGAAUAUACUCGUUUUUCUUGGAUCUUUCUGAUGACUACCAAAUCAGAAGUUUGUUCUAUCUUCUGUAAAUUCAAGAAAUAUGUUGAAACUUUGUUAUCUCAUCAUCUAAAGGUUUUUCAGUCUGAUGGAGGAGGAGAGUAUCAGAGUACUCUUCUCAAGCCAUUUCUUUCCAGUUCUUUUAUUAUUCAUCAGAAAUCCUGCCCCUACACAUCUCAGCAGAAUGGACUUGCUGAAAGAAAACACUGGUACAUAGUUGAGAUAGCAUUAACCUUUCUUGCAUUUAUUUUUACAUUGCCCUAUUGCUAUGUCCUUGUGGAAUAAGUUGUUUGGCUUGG